AUGGCAGACAUACUUUAUUGCAAGGAUUUGCAUCAACCGUUGCAAGAUAAAGGGACGAAGCCAACCGUCAAGUCAGAUGAUGAUUGGAAUGUGAUGAAUAGGAAAACCGUUGGACAAAUUCGACAAUGGAUAGAUCAAAGUGUCUUCCAUCACGUUGCGCAAGAAACAGUUGCGUACACAUUAUGGACGAAACUAGAAACAUUGUACGAGAGAAAGACAACCCAGAAUAAAGCCUAUACUAUUUGGCGAUUGGUGAAUCUCAAGUAUAGAGAAACCCGAAGUGUUUCCGAACACUUGAGCGAUUUUCAAAGAUUGAUAAAUCAACUGACCAAUAUGAAGAUGGUUCUUGAAGAUGAAUUGCAAGCUUUGUUAUUAUUAAGUUCCUUGCCAGACAAUUGGGAUACACUUGUGGUUUCAUUGAGUAACUCGGCACCACAAGGUGUUCUAACAUUGGACAUAGUAAAAGAUAGCAUGUUCAAUGAAGAAUCCCGACGGAAGGAACAAGGAAUGCCGUCAUAA